UUAGUUGUACAUCUGGGUCUUCCACAUCUCUUUCUGUCCUUGUUAGAGCCAGUUGUCCUUUGUCUUUGAAGACUGUAGUGUACACCUUUUGUAUGAAAUCUUCAGUUUUUUGGCAAUUUCAAGCAUUGUAUAGCCUUCAUUCCUCAAAACAAUGAUUAACUGACGAGUUUCUAGAGAAAGCUGUUUCUUUUUUGCUAUUUUUGACCUAAUAUUGACCUUAAGACAUGCCAGUGUAUUGCAUACUGUGGCAACUCAAAAACAAACACAAAGACAAUGUUAAGCUUCAUUUAACGAACCAAAUAGCUUUCAACUUUCAACUGAUAUAAUGGCAAGUGAUUUUCUAGUACCAAAUUAGCAAUUUAGCAUGGUUACUCAAGGAUAAGGUGUUGGAGUGAUGGCUGCUGGAACUGGGGCCUGUUUAGAAUUCAGAACUAUUUACUCUCACCUAUGGAGCCCUGGUCACUCAGCUGUGUAAGGACUAUGAAAAUGACGAGGAGGUGAAUAAACAACUGGAUAAGAUGGGAUACAAUAUCGGAGUGCGUCUGAUUGAGGACUUCUUGGCUAGGUCAAGUGUGGGGAGGUGUCAGGAUUUCCGAGAAACGGCCGAUGUCAUUGCAAAGGUAGCCUUCAAGAUGUAUUUGGGUUUCACCCCCAGCGUUACCAACUGGAGUCCUGCUGGAGAUGAGUUCUCUCUUAUGCUUGAAAGCAACCCUCUUGUAGACUUUGUAGAGCUUCCUGAUAACCACAGUAAUCUGGUGUACUCCAGCCUUCUCUGCGGAGUGCUGAGAGGAGCUCUUGAAAUGGUUCAAAUGGCAGUGGAUGUGCGAUUUGCUCAGGACACACUAAGAGGUGACAACGUGACAGAAAUCCGCAUUAAGUUCAUCAAAAGGAUUGAGGAGAACCUGCCAGCUGGGGAUGAAUGAGGCGGUUUGGCUAAGAGGCACUGGCCCUUUUGACCUGAGAGACUUUUUAUGUUGGGAUGUCAUCUAGAGAUGAAACAACCUCUUUGAGACCUUCAAACAAUGCAGUGCAUCUUAUUUAACCCCAUCCAUCUUACACAAAAACAUAUGUACUGCUACCAGAAUGCUCUCUGGAGUUCACCAAUGAAAAGGUUCUCUGUUGCAGUUGUAAGUGUUCCACCCAGAUGUUUUGCCCAAAUCACCAAGAUUAUCAUGGUCUUUCCACCUGGCCUAUAUUUAUUUCAGGCAGAUGCGCCAAUACUUUCACAAGAUGAAAAUACAUACAUUUGUCUCUUUUUUUUAUUUAUUUUUUAAUAAAUAAAUUUCCUGGAAAUGUUUUCUUUGUUACGCUUAUCUUUUAAAUUUUUUUCAUUCAACAGCCUCGACCCAGCCCCUCAUUUUUCAUUCUUCCCACUCAAUAGGCCUUUGACACAAAAUAAUAUUUUCUUGAAGUUGUAAUAAAAAGCAGUCUUUCGACACGACCGUAUCACUGUGGCGUUUUUAUGUUUGUGAAGCUUGUGUUGAAAACAAGUUUUAGAUUGCUAAUCUUAAACCAGCAUUUGAAGAAAUGGCCCCAUGCUCAACAAGAACAGAGCCAUAGUCUUGCACGCGGUGGUCAUAGACGCACAUGUUUUUGGGAAAGGCUGAUGGUGUUAAGGGCUGUCUGGAAGGGGUCUAGGUAUGUAGAUAAUGGAACCUGUGUGUGCAUGUUACAGCUGCCGAGCCUGUGGCCGGUCCCUCCACACGUGUGUAAUGAGGUGUCACGACAGCCCCCAUCACCAUCCUCAGCUUGUCGUGUACGUUGCUUUGCAUCGUGGGACUGUUAUUCCUACAGAGCAGCAACACGAUGUGGUUAGAGUCAAACAACAAUAACAAGGGGCCUAAUUAGUUUCAGAUGUUUACUCACGCAACAUGGAAGCAAUCAGGGCCUGGAGGUUCACUGGUGCGUGUGCAGGACAGAGCUGUUUUGGGAGCCAGUGAGUUUUAAUGCCGUAGCUGAGGGGAUCACGGUCGUGUGGACCGAUGUGUACAGAGAGGAGGUCUUUCGCUGAAAGGCAUUCAUUUCUCCAGCCAGCUCAAACUUCAUUCCUGACACCUGUUAAUAGCCUUACGUCAUUGAGGAGUCAUGAUCUUGGCUCUCAUUUUCCAGCUUUCCACACCUCGUCAAUCACAAAUGGAAAGACGUUUUCUACUACUACUGCUGCUGCUUCCCAUCUGGUCUUGAGAGCUAAAGCCGGACUCAGUUUUAUAAACUUUAGCCCUUUUCAAAUUCAGUUUCCAUGCACUUCAUUUACCUUUUUUUUAUUUUUAUUAUUGAAUAAUGCCUUCAUUGUGUAUGUGUGUUGUUUUAUUACAUAAAGCCACUAGAGGUAGCUGUGAGCAUUGUGGUCUGUGGACUUUUUUUCCUCCCAUUCUCAUGGAUUUUUCAGUGUUUCCCCUCAAUUUGGUAUUUGAUUGCUAACGGAGUGUACCGAAUUUCGGGGGCAGAGAAAUUAUUUGGUGAAUAAAUUCCUUAUUCACUCACUCUUGAUUUAGUGACAUUUACAAGAAAAACAGUGGAAAAUGCGUUAAUAUGCGGUACCCUGUCAGACUGAAAUCCCUCGCCCCCAAAGAGAGCUCUCUCUAUGCAUACAGUGUAUGUAUUCUGUAUGUAUAUAUUGGAAAGAGAGGGAGAAGAGGAAAUGGUUUUGCGCAGAUGGUCGAUGUAAAUCAUUUGGCAAAAUUAGACGCAUGUAUCAUGGGGAUAUACAGCUGGGAUUGUGUACUGCGUGAAAACCUGUAUCACUCUUCCAUAUGCUCCCAGGAAUUUCUCUCUUCCUCUUUCAGAACAAUGCAGGAUAAUUCAACAUGUCUUCUACAGUAUCCUCUUGUCUUGGCCAAGCAUCCAAAACAAAGUUGUUUGUCUGUAUUCAUCAGCCAAUCACAGUCACUUUAAACCACAAUCAAUCCCGACAUGAACGGAAGGAUGAACUCCAGACAAAAAGAUGACCCUAUGACUCUACUCGUCGUUUUCUUUAUUCAUUCAUCCUAAUCUGCCGUCAUGCCAGGUCAAUACUGAAAUUCUUCAUGGAGAAAGCAAAAAGGAAUUCCAAGUCCUCCUUUGCACCAUAAGGGAUUGAUUUUUUUUUUUUUUUUUUUUUUUUUUUUUUUAAAGCUAUUUUGUUUUUU